AAUAUGUCUGCGCCCCUCUACAAGGUGGUAAAGGAGCUAUAUUUUUAUAACAAACAUUGACAGUUAGCUACUAUACAGUCUUUAGACAAUUUAUGAGUGAAAAUAGUUUCGUUAUAUUCACAUCUAUGUUUCCAAUAAUAGGAUAAACGUAACGGAGGCAUUCAACCGUUUGUUAUUUGAUUUAAGGAUCACAUAUCAGCCAGCUGGAAACUCUCAGUGAGUUGUUGCCUUUCUAUAACGCUCUUAUUUUGUUUUGAAGGUUGAAAUCCAGCCUUUAAUCUGCACUAUAGCUUAUAAAAUUCCAAAUUAAAUGUUUAGUUUGAGUUUUGGUAGAAAUACCGCACUUAAAUGACUGCUAUUGAUGGCGACUUGAACCUAUUAAAACAAGAAAAAAUCAUCAAAUGAAGCACUGCUUGUCAUAAUAUACACGCCGAUUUCAAGAAUGCCUUCAUUGGAUACAGAUUAUAUCUUGAAAUAACAGUUGUACGCGCACAGAAGUUUGUUGGACAUAAAAACGUAUAAAAUCAUCAUGGGAUUUGGCAGGAUGUUUCGUCAGGAUUAGAGAAGAUCAUGUGCCACAGCCAAGUUAUAUCUGGAUUUGUUUGUUCCGCCACACAGUGAAUCUUCCUGACAAAUCUGCUCACACAAUGGCUUACAGAAGAGCUGUAAACCUUCUUUGGAGAGAAAGGGAGUCUGUCUUUAGCCUGUGGUUACCUCGUUUUCAAAAGUCACCAAAUGUCAUCAGACAAACUGUCAAAUUUCAUGAACACAUGAACAGUAAUCACUGUGGCAGAACAAGAUCUCUUCACACCAGUACACCUUUGAUGGUGGCCAAGCUGCUGUCGCUGGAUGAGCUGUUUGCCAAGAGGUCUCUGCAGGAACACCUGAAGAAGAUGGAGACAGAGUACAGUGAAUGUUUGAGAGUGGCCAACAACAGUGUGGCAGAGGAGCAGUGCAGUGAGGACGAACUGAGGGAGAAGAGGACCAAAGUGUCCCUGCUGGCUCCUCUCAUCCAGAGCAUCAGAGAGCUGGACACCAAACAAAAAGAGAUGGCGGAGACGGAGACGCUCCUGAACGAUGAAGAUCCAGCCCUGCGAGAACUGGCUGAGCUGGAAAGGGAAGGAUGUUUGCAAGAUAUUCAAGAUCUCCGACAAAAGAUCCUGGAUCUGCUGAUCCCUGAGGAGGAGGCAGAUCUGAGCGACCUCGUCCUGGAGGUUACAGCUGGUGUCGGGGGUCAGGAGGCCAUGCUGUUUACGGAUGAGGUGUUCGACAUGUACCAGGGCUACGCUCACCACCGCGGCUGGUCCUUUGACAUCUUGGAGCACACGACCAGCGAAAUAGGUGGACUGCGUCACGCCUCGGCCAGCGUCAGCGGCCCUCAGAGCUACAAGAGGAUGAAGUUUGAGGCCGGAGUCCAUCGAGUUCAGAGGGUUCCCAAGACUGAGAAACAGGGCAGAAUGCACACCAGCACCAUGACUGUGGCUGUGCUGCCCCAACCCACUGAGAUCUCUUUCACACUAAACCCAAAGGACCUGAAAAUAGAAACCAAGAGAGCGAGUGGAGCUGGAGGUCAACACGUGAACACCACAGACAGUGCAGUCAGAAUAGUCCAUCUGCCGACAGGCGUGGUUGCAGAGUGCCAGCAGGAACGUUCCCAAAUAAAGAACAAGGAGAAAGCCAUGAAGGCUCUGAGAGCAAAACUGUACAGCAUGAAGCUCGAGGAGGAGACCAGCAAACGCUACCAACAACGUAAAAUACAGAUUGGCACCAAAGGCAGAUCAGAGAAGAUUCGAACCUACAACUUUGCCCAGGACCGUAUAACAGACCACCGUAUCAGCAUGACGGUGCAUGACAUCAAGAGCUUCCUGUUGGGAGAGGAUCUGCUGGACGAGAUGAACUCCUCGCUACAGGAGUUCUCCAACCAGGAGACGCUUGUGGAGCUGCUGGGAGAAAACAACCAGGAGGGCUCGUGAGUUUGGAUCUCAGACACAUGGAUUUUGAUGGAAUGGAAACUUCUUGUCACUUGUUUCAGCAAAGUGUUAACGCUGUUGUAUUGGUCAUUCCUGCUCUGCUUCAAAUUCUGAAGGACAAACAGAGGAACCAUGAUGGAUUAAAAGGGUGACCAAGUCUUAAUGCUUGUGACAAACACACAAAGCCAUUUGAAUGUUCAUACACAUGUCCAGGAGUGACAGGCAAUGUCAGCGCAAUCAUAAAACUGGCUAAUAAAUGACUUAACUAUGGAGCGAUCAUCAG